AUGCCCAGGAGGAUGGAAGAUCCAGGAGAGAGAGAAGGAACUCCUUUUCCACAGAGUCAAACAAUGGAUCUCACUUCCGCAGGAGGCUGGGGACGGACGGGGUUGCAGGGCAGCAACUGCCGCCUGGGGGUGCCUCUCUCCCAGCCUGCCAAAUCCAGCUGUUUCCCCCCAUCCAUCCAUCCAUCCAAGGAGGGCCUGGGUGGGAGUGGGGCGGAGAGGGGAGGCACCUGUGGGGCAGGAACAUGGGGAGGCCAGGGGGGAGGCUUGGCCGGCCUGUCCUUGCCAAGGCUGAGCAUGCGGCCCGUUAAGUAUUUUUGGAGCCUUGAUUUAAUGAGGAGAAGCCAGGACGGCCCUCGAAUUCUCCGCAGGGCCGGCAGCAAUGCUGAGUGGGCGCCUUGUCAGGGUUAG